AUGGAGCCCCUGCGGGCAGCAGCAUCGCACCCGUCUGGCAUCACCAAAAAGCAGGAGGUCUCCCCGGCUGUGUCCUGGGCGGAGUUGGAGUUUGUACAGAUAAUCAUAAUCGUGGUGGUGAUGAUGGUGAUGGUGGUGGUGAUGAUGAUGGUGGUGAUAUGGUGGUGGAUGGAACGUGGUGGCAGCCGGCACAGCCAGGGAAGGCGGAGGGACGAGAACCUCUCAUCACAGCAAAUCUACACCCCGAGACCCAGUGACCGCCUGGCAGUGCCGUCCUUUCUGCAGAGGGACCGCUUCAACAGAUUCCAGCCCACCUACCCCUACAUGCAGCACGAGAUCGACCUGCCGCCCACCAUCUCGCUGUCGGAUGGCGAGGAGCCCCCCCCGUACCAGGGACCCUGCACGCUGCAGCUGCGCGACCCCGAGCAGCAAAUGGAGCUCAACAGAGAAUCGGUCCGGGCUCCCCCCAACAGAACCAUCUUUGACAGUGACUUGAUAGAUAACUCCGUGUACGGGGGGCCGUGCCCCCCCAGCAGUAACUCUGGCAUCAGCGCGACCUGCUAUGGGAGCAAUGGUAGGAUGGAGGGACCGCCGCCGACGUACAGCGAGGUGAUAGGGCACUACCCCGGCUCCACGUUCUACCAGCACCAGCAGAACAACAACGGGAUGCCUUCCAUCUUGGAGGGCAGCAGACUCCAUCAUUCACAAAUCAAUGGCCUUGAGAGCACAACCGCGUGGAACAAAGAGAAAGAGAAACAAAAAGGGCACCCCUUUUAAAAAAAAAAAUAAAAAAAAAAGAAAGAAAAGAAAAAAAUAGAAAAAAAGCAAGAAAGUAAAUGAAACACUCUGCACUUCUCGUUAAAAGAAAAAGGAGAGAGAGAGAGAUGAGGAAGAUGAGCAAAGAAAAAAAAAAAGCCCUUCCCUAUCUCUCCAUGUAUAAAUAUUUACUUGUUAUGUCUGGUCUGAAUGCACAAGCCUACCAAGCUUGCAAAAACAUUUCUUUAUUGAGCUGUGUCUAGACGUUUAAAAAGGAAAAAAAAAAAUCAACUGUA